CCAACCCGCGCGCUCUGGACCCGCCUCCUCGCAGUUUGGCUCCGCCCCACUAAGGCAGGUCCGUCAGAAGAAAACGGGGUGGGACUUCCGGCGUUUGAAAAACUUCCGGCGGGAACCGGAAGGUGGGGUAACACCCACAGAAUCCCGGGUCUGCAGACACGCAGGACGCCAAGAUGUCAUCACUGCCAAGAAGAGCAAAAGUACAGGUCCAGACUGCAGUGUCCAAAGAAGAAUAUUCUUACUUCUCUGAACUGUCAUCUGCCUCUGAGGAAGAUGACAAAGAAGAUACUGUUUGGGAGCCUCAAAAGAAAGUUCCCAAAGCCCGGAAGCAGCCUGCUCCCAAGGAAUCCAAACCAAAGAGGGUGCCUGGGGGGAAGAAGAACACAGCACUGACGAGUGGUGGCUCUGAGUGCAUGGCUGUUAAAGAGGAGCUGAAUAGGUCUAUAGCUAUUGCUGAUGUUGAUUUGCAAGAGACUAAAUUGGAUACUGCACAGACUUUGAAGACAGCAAAAACAAAACGGAAAAAUCCAGCUCAAAGGACAAAAAAGCUGAAAGUCCAUGAAGAAACCAUCACAGUGAACAACUUAGUGGAUGGUGCAGAGAUACCAUCAACAAGUACCAUGGGGGAAGGUGUCUGUAAGAAGGAGGAGAGUGAAGAUGACUUCACAUUUGGCCAAUCUCCAUUAAAGAGAAUGAAGACGGAAACGUGUCCUCAGGGGCAGCCUGUCAAGUUUCCAGGAAGUGCCAACACAAUUAAAGAGGAGGUAGAAAUGAACUGGGACAUAGUACAGGUUUUAUCUGAGAGAACCAAUAUUGAGCUUUGGGUUUGUGCCAACAUCAUUCGUCUCUUUAAUGAUGAUAAUACAAUUCCCUUCAUUGUACGUUAUAGAAAAGAGCUCAUUAAUAACUUGGAUGCUGAUUCCUUGAGAGAAGUUCGACAGACCCUAGAGGAGUUGCGGAUGGUUGCAAAGAAGGUUCAUAGUACAAUACAGAAGAUUAAGAAGGAGGGAAAGAUGUCUGAGUGUUUGUUAAAAGCCCUCCUGAACUGUAGAAGUUUUGAAGAACUAGAACAUGUGUCUGCUCCAUAUAAAUCUGGAAGUAAAGGCACAAAAGCCCAAAGAGCAAAGCAGCUGGGAUUAGAAGCAGCAGCCAAGACACUGCUUGAGAAUCCUGGGCAGCUCAAUCUGCUGUCUUACAUUCGAUCUGAUGUUAAAGGACUUUCUGCGCUCCAGGAUAUUGAGACAGGAGUGCAGCAUAUUUUAGCAGACAUGAUCGCUAAAGACAAAGACACGCUUGACUUCAUUCGGAAAUUGUGCCAAAAUAGAUACAUCUGUAUUCAGUCAUCUCUGGCAAAAGUAUCCUCAAAGAAAGUAAAUGAGAAAGAUGUUGAUAAGUUUCAACUCUACCAGAACUUUUCAUGCAACAUAAGAAACAUUCAACACCAUCAGAUUUUAGCAAUUAAUCGUGGAGAGAAUUUGAAGAUAUUGACAGUCAAGGUCAACAUUUCUGAUGGAAUAAAGAAUGAGUUCUGUAGGUGGUGCAUCCAAAACAGGUGGAGACCACAUGGCUUUGCAAGGCCAGAGUUAAUGAAGAUCUUACAUAAUUCACUGGAUGAUUCCUUUAAACGCCUUAUUUAUCCUCUCCUCUGCAGAGAGUUCAGAGCCAAACUGACAUCAGAUGCAGAGAAGGAAUCAGUAAUGAUGUUUGGCCGGAACCUUCGUCAGCUCCUUUUAACCAGCCCUGUCCCAGGGCGUACCUUAAUGGGAGUAGAUCCUGGUUAUAAACAUGGCUGCAAAUUAGCUAUAAUUUCUCCUACCAGUCAGAUACUUCAUACUGAUGUGGUUUACUUGCAUUGUGGGCAAGGCUUCCGAGAGGCAGAGAAAAUCAAGAGACUUUUGCUGAAUUUCAACUGCAGCACAGUAGUGAUUGGAAAUGGAACUGCCUGCCGGGAAACUGAAGCUUACUUUGCUGACCUGAUAAUGAAAAAUUACUUUGCACCACUGGAUGUUGUUUACUGUAUCGUCAGUGAAGCAGGAACAUCCAUCUAUAGUGUGAGCCCUGAAGCCAACAAAGAGAUGCCAGGGCUGGAUCCUAAUGUGAGAAGUGCAGUUUCCAUAGCAAGGCGUGUACAAGAUCCAUUAGCUGAGCUAGUGAAAAUUGAGCCGAAACACAUUGGAGUUGGAAUGUAUCAGCAUGAUGUGUCCCAGACUUUACUCAAGGCAACACUGGACAGUGUUGUAGAAGAAUGUGUCAGCUUUGUGGGAGUGGAUAUUAACAUCUGUUCAGAAGUUUUGUUAAGGCAUAUUGCGGGACUCAAUGCCAACAGAGCCAAAAAUAUUAUUGAAUGGAGAGAGAAAAAUGGUCCCUUCAUCAACCGAGAACAGCUGAAGAAAGUGAAAGGGCUAGGUCCAAAAUCCUUCCAGCAGUGUGCUGGCUUUAUCAGAAUCAACCAAGAUUAUAUUCGGACAUUUUGCAGUAGUCAGCAAACUGAAUCUUCAAGCCAAAUUCAGGCAGUUGCUGUGACAUCUUCAGCAGGUGCUGAAGUCACAAAUGAGAAGCAGGGCAAAAAGAAGAGCAAAACCACAGUGGAUGCAAUACUGAAGCCAAAUCCUUUGGACCAGACUUGUAUUCAUCCGGAAUCGUACGACAUAGCAAUGAGAUUUUUAUUGUUCAUCGGAGGGACACUGGGUGAGAUUGGAAAACCUGAAAUGCAACAAAAAAUAAAUUCAUUUCUUGACAAGGAAGGAAUAGAGAAAGCUGCAGAAAGAUUAAAGACAACAGUACACACUUUACAGGUCGUCAUAGAUGGUCUCAGCCAGCCCGAAAGCUUUGACUUUCGAACAGAUUUUGAUAAACCUGAUUUCAAGAGAAGCAUAGUAUGCCUGGAGGAUCUGCAGGUUGGCACGAUUCUGACCGGCAAAGUUGAGAAUGCCACUCUGUUUGGGAUUUUUGUGGACAUAGGAGUGGGACAGUCAGGGCUGAUUCCCAUACGAAAUGUAACAGAAGCAAAACUUUCUAAAACAAAAAAGAGAAGGAGCCUGGGGCUGGGCCCUGGAGAGAGAGUGGAAGUCCGCGUCCUCAACAUCGACAUCCCCCGUUCUAGGAUUACUCUCGACCUUAUUCGCGUGUUGUGAAUGUCCUGCUGAAGAUCCGACACUGAUUUUAUUUCCUUAUUUCUACAGAUUAAUAAGGAUGAGCAAAAUAUUCCUGAAUUCUGGGUAGCAUAUGAGACACAAAUCACCUAAUGACAGAAGUAUUUUCUGAACAUUUCCUUAUGUGUUUCUUAUGAGUAAAUAGAAAACCAAGUGUUUGGUUUCUUUUCCCUUUAAAGAAAGUAACUAGUACACAUCCUUAUGUAGCACUUUGUAGUAAAUUUUUUGAUCAGAACUUUAUUUUUUGUAACUCAUUAUUGACUACAUUUUUUAUAACAUACUGCCUCAGUUUUACUGGCCAGCAUCUACCUUAUUGAAUUUAUAUGGGAUUUUAUUUUUAAAAUUUUUUAUGGGAUUUUAUUCUUGAUUUGAAUUAUGCAAUGUUUCAACAAACAUUGGAAUGGCAAUACUUCCUUUUUUCCGAUUUUUGUUACUAUUGCUAUUAUCAGGCCUUUUGGAUGGGAUACAUGAUUUUUGCAAAAAUCUUUAUUUUCCCUUGCUAAACAAAAAAUACAAUAGUAUUUGUAGGGGAACAGAUUCAUAUGUGUUUGUAACUGUCAAGUGAAUGGUUCAGAACAUUGCUCUGAAGUAUAUAUGUAUUGAUCCGUAUGAUAAAGUUUUGUGGCUAGUGAUUUGUUUUGCCAUGUUGCUUCAGUGAAUGACCCAGAAGUCAAUCUUGAUUGAAGAUUGGUUCAUGAAGGUUUGGUUCAUGAAACCACACCUUUGGGGAAGAGGGAAGCCUAUGAAAUUAAAGAGUGAUUUUUAUUUGACUUAGCUAAUCACAGAAGUAUAUAGUCUUUCUUAACCGACACGAUUAACUUCAAAUGGAAUAAAAAUGACUAUUUUAAAGAUUGAAUUUAGAUCUUUCUUGUUUAAGAAGGGUAAGAAAAACAAGUGGAUAAAGGAAGUGACUUACUCUGUUUACUUAGUGGGGAUGGUAUUAAUGUGACCAUUUAGUGUCAAAGACUAUGAGGCUCAUACUAGACUGGUGGCCGGUCUAUAUUCUGACUUGUGCUGCUGUUGUUGACUUGCCUAAUGAAGUUAUUUGCAUAGUUGAGUAUUGUUUUUCUAGAAAAUGGUUCCUGAAGUGUGAUCAUUCUAAUUUAUUUGUCUGGGACAGUACUAGUAAAAAUCCACUGUCCUGGCAUCAUUUUUAAUAGUACCUAUUUUUAUCUUCAGAGUCAUCUACUUGGGAUCAUAUCCUUGUCUGCUAACAGUAAACUCUUAAAAAAUCUUUACUGACUCUAUAUCUCAUGACAGUUUGCUACCUGGCAGUUUGCUAUUUUCAAAAAAUACAGUCUUCCAAAUUGUGUGUACAUCAUUUUAACACAGUUUUAGGCUCCUUAUAAGUUGUGUAAGUCAGGUCCUGUUAUAAGUCCGUGAAGUUUGUAAUCUACUCCUGAACUGCUUUUUCUCUGUUUGUUACUGGUCUUCAACAGACAAUGAAUUGUGAUAUUAUAACUUCAGCUGGAUCUUCCUACCUUCCCCAGUAUUCUUCAUGGUUCAUAAAUCUGUGAUGAGUGAUAUGCCCCAGUGGUACAUAAUUUCAACAAAUGUUUUGGGGAAGGGUCUCUUCUUUCUGGGUACUUCAGAUUCAGGAACUAGAGCAGAUCAUGGUGUAAAGCUUUGUUGACUUGGUAACUAAGCUUUCAUGGACAAAAGGAGGACGUGGUGUCACACCAGAUUGCAUAGUUUGUUCUGUGUGUCCCACACAUGGUGGAGGCUUCAUAAGGCCAAAACCAGGAGAUGAAGGGUCACAUGUCAUUUAAUCAUUGCAAAUCCACAUGUAAGAUGGUGCUGAUGAUGAUAAACUAUAUUUCUCCCUAAAUAAGAAUGGUAAAUUCUUAUGUACCAAGCAUUGUGCUAGACACUGACCAUACAAUUAUGAUAGAAUAUAUAUUGUCCCUGUCCUUAUGGAACAUUUUCUUUUUUAGGAGGAGAAAAGAAUCAUCAAUCAAAGUCAUAUAAAAUAUAAAAUUAUGGCCUUCAUAAGUGCUAUAACAGUGACAGCAUAUUAAUUGACUUAGAAAGCUACAACGUGUUUCAGUGAAGUUUGACUGAGAUAUGAAAGAUAACCAGAAAUUAACUAGGACAAAUAUCUGCUGACCUUUAUAAGAGCUAUUUUUCAGUAAAUGGUGGAGGUAAGCCUUACUGAUUUGGAUUUAAGAAAGAAUAGAGGAGUUAUGUUAGAUACAGUGAAUACAAACAGUUCUUUCAGAAAAUUUGACUAUAAAAGAAGAAAAGAGCAUAAUGGCUGGAAGAGGGAAGUGGAGUUAAAGGAUUUUUGUAUUUCUUAAGAUAAAAGAAGUAAUGUACACAAAUGGAAAUAGUGCAGUGAAUCAGAAAAUUUGGUGUAGGAGACAGGGAAGAUUUACUAGAAUGGUAUCAUUCAGUGAGAUCAAAUGGAAUCUAGCACACAAAGGAUUGACUUAAGAACACAAAGAGUUCAUAUUAACAGGAGAAAAGAUUGAGUAUAUUGCCACAGAGGUGAGAGCUUGUUAGAUUCCUUCCAUCUUUCUCUUUGAAAUAAGAAGGAAUGCCAUCAUUUGAGACUGAGCACAGGCAAGAGAUGGAAAUGGAGACUUGAGAAGAAAGGGAAAGGCCAGCAAAGAAUGAAAAUGAGAGCAAAACGUCUAACAAAACAGAGUAUGACUUCUAGGCAGUGUUUAAUUUUCCAUUUGAGGCCUGUGAUCUUGACUUGAAUGUAGGAUUAGCGGGCUCACAUGUAAAUUUUCCUCCAGCCAUACCAAUUGUGUAGGUAGGUGCAGGUCAGAGUAGGUGGAAGGGUAACCAAAUCAGAUUUGGGAGUUCACCAGAAGGGUACAAUGUAGAGAAGAACAAGAGAGUUGAAGACAUGUACUCAAAAGAAAGAACUGACUGAAAUGUAAGCUCAGGAGGAAGUGGAAAUGCAGGAGGAAAGUGAGGGGCCGUAGACAGUUGUAAUACUAAGGAAUCAUGCCUGGGUCCUGGUGGAGUCGGAGGGAUGCUGCAGGGAGGAUGAGGGAAAAGAAACGGGAGACCAGGAUGAUUGUCUAACGUGAGAUUAGCAUGGUCCUGACUCGGGAGUUUGCCGUUUCUGGCAGGGAUAGUAUAGGGAGUGAUGAUGGGUGUAUAGCAGGAGUUAAAGAGGGUGAGGAUAAGAUCGGUAGAGAAGAGCAAGUCAGGAACAGACAAUUCAGGAGGGGUUAUCUGUUUGAAUAAUGAUUUUAGGUGACUUGGUAGCUUGGGUCAGAAUUUAGUGAUAGAAAUGAUGAGAAAUACAGGGAUUCUGGAUAUAGUUGAAGGGUGGGGUAGAACCAAACAGGAUUUCCUGGCAGAAGGAUUGCCAUGAGUUCAAGGCCAGCCUGAACUACAUAGCAAGAUCCUGUCUCAGCAAAACAAAACAAGACAGAAGACAGGAGUUUAGGAUGGCUCCAAGGUUCUUGGCCUAAGCAACCAAAGAUGCAGGUGGAACAGUUUUGAUGAAGGAGUUCAUUUUGUACAGGUUAAUUUGGGAUACUCAUACAUGUAAGUGGCAUUGUCCAUUAGACAUUUAGGCACUUUUAGGUUCAGCGAAAGGUGCUACAUUAACAAUGUACAUUUCAAAACUAAUGAAAUUUAGCAGUCAAAGUAGUAAGACCGAAUGAGGUCACCAGUAGAAUGGGUGACAAGGUAGAAAAGAGUCCAUUUAAAUCUAAGAUAUUCGACCAUAAAUUCUUUGAAUUUCUCCAUAAGGGCAGGAAUUUAUUUCUUCCCUUCUCCCUUACUAAGAGAGUUCUGACUUUCAGGGAGCAAUAAAGUAGCUAAUGGAGAUUAAUGUGGCCACAUAAUGCAGUUCUGGCUAAUUAAGUACAGGCAAAAUUCAUGAGGUACUGUUCUAGAAAGUUAGAAAGACUAGGGAGCUCAGUCCCAGCUGCUGUGCUUCUCUUGUCCUUUGUCCUUGCUCUCUUUCCUAUUUGGAAUGUAUUUGAAUACUGGAUGUGCUGAACAUCAAACAAUGACAAAUAUCCAACAGGGACUGCUAAAUAGAAAGGGUGAUCUGUGAGGGCCAAAAUAUGAAUAAGGCAUCUUGAAAGGAUGUUUUCAUUCCCAAAGAGUUGCAAUUUAAACUGCAGCCAAAUAUAUUUUAACGUCAACAUCAUGAGAGUUUUCUAGUUUAACCUGGCCACUCUCCUCUUGGGAUUACUGAGGCAUCCCUGAUCGCUUGAAGCCACAGGACUCUGGAGAGCUUUGCCUUGGAUUGAUGGGAUGUUUUGUUAGGGUGUCUAUAUUUCUAGCCCUGAUCUCUAAGUUAGUGCUCAUCUUAAAACAGGAGGUGCUAAGAAGGGCCAGGAUGAAGUUAUAGCUAGUCAAGAUACAGUUAGUUUUUUCAUCUUGGCCUCUCGCCUAAAGUUGGAUUUGAAUAACAGAUCAUGGAGAACUCUUGAAUGACUGGGCCCAUUGCCAAAGCAUCCUGCUCCACAGGAAGAAACAUUCGAUUUCUCCUCACUUACUCUUCCUGGACAAUGAGGAUGUUCUUUUUGUGCACAGGCUGGGUUUCAGAUUCUGGUCCUAUCUACACUAAAAUUAAUUUAAAAGCCAUCCCCAGAAAAGAUUUGCCAUUUUCUUGCCUCAUAUCAGGAAUCUAAAUAAAAAUUGACAUCCCUACCCCUCAGAUAUUUUGAAGGAAAAAGUCUUACACUGAAGAAAGGACAUAAAUUAUUAAUCUAAAUAUCGUAAGAAAACCUCUCCAGUGCCAGAGAGCUUUCCACAGCAGUGUAGCCCACCAACAGGCCUAAGACAGAAUGGGGCCAAAUCCUAGCAGAAAAAUUUAAACUUAAGGAAGUUACAGAGAUAGGUAAGAUGGGAGGGAGAGAGAACAGUGUAUGUAACUGGGCUGCCUUGCAAAAACCAGUUUUGAGAAUCCUGCUUUCUCCAAGCAAUUUGGCCAAAGAUAAGCCUCCAGAUUUACUGUAGUAUUUUGCAUAAGCAAUCAAGUAACAGACAAAAGCCUGCUACUAAAAGUUUUUUACCUGUGACAGAACUUUCAACUUCAUUAUAAGCCAACAAUGAGAGAAAUUCCCCACAAGAAACAAUGCCUUUGGGUAUCUUUCUGUGAGCCCAAAGAUCAUUUGAGAUAGCCCAUGACUUUUCCAGGUUUGAGUCUCUUGGCAGUAAAGGAGAUGGCACCAGUGCUAAACCUGAAGUGUGCUCAGAUUUUUUGCUUCACAAGGUUAAAGUGAGGAAAAGCUAACAUACAAAACCCUAGUAUAUUAUUCACCUUCUGACACAAUGCCCAGCACCAGCAACUAUAAAGAAGAUGUUUAUUUUGGCUUACAGUUUCAGUGGGUUCAGUCCAUGGCUGUCUGGUGGAUCAAGAUAUCAACCAUGUGGUAGAAGGGCAUGGUAGAGGACAGUUUUUCACAUCAUAGCCACCAGGAAACACAGAGACAGAGGGAGAAACGCAUUGCAAAGGCAUGCUCCCAGACCUGCCUCCUCCAACUAGGCAGCAUCACCAGAGGUACAUCUAGAUUAAUCUGCUGAUGAGUAUAGUGGCCCCCCAAUCCAAUAACCUUAUAAAAAAAAACCCAACCUCUAGACACAUGAGUCUUGUGGAAGAUGUUUAAAAUCUAAACCAUAUAACCAGUUUAGUCAAAUUUUGUUUAACUUAAUCCUUUAAUAGCGAAAGCAACUGAAUUCCUAGCAAGGUAUACUGUCAAGUUUACCUGGGAAACACCUAAAAUUAUUUUUGCAUCCUGUUGGCUUUAUAAGACCAACUCAAACAUACUAUUUUUCUUUUCCUUUUUUUUUUUUUUUUUUUUUUUUUUUUUUUUUUUUGUACUGAGAAUUGAAUUCAUAACCUCACACUUGCCAGGCAGGUACUUAUGCUACUGAGCUAAAGCCCCAGUCCUCAAACACAUAUUGUUAUUGGUAAAGAUUUCUUGUCAAGACAUUUUGGUUUGUACUUCUAUUGAGGAAAGACAGUGUAAAUAGUUGAAUGUUGAUGAAAUUAAAACAUUUGGUUAUGUAAUUGUGUGUGGGGUUAGAGGCUUUCUGUUCAUGAAAUGUAUGUACUAAAAAUAAAGUUUCAAAAGCUAAAAAAUAAAAAUUUUUAGUAAACUAGGA